UCCCUCUCUCCCUCCCUGUGAAGCGAACAGGGGGGAGAGGAUCAUUAAAAAGCCAGGAACAGCGGCAGUGACAGCGAGCGCGUGUGGCUCCGGCGCCUGUGCGCGAUCCUCCCUCUCACUCACCGCCAACACUCGCACCAAUGCGCGCACUCAGCCAUCUCCACCAGACACCACCACAUCGCAUCACCGCCAUCGCUUUCUGACAUCCCCCCCUUUAUUUAUCGUUCAGUACCAUCGAGACAAACACUUCCAUUUCAACCCUAUUCUGAAUGACGGGUGGACGGUUUGACUUUGACGAUGGCGGCACUUUCUGCGGUGGAUGGGAGGAUGGAAAAGCCCACGGACACGGCAUCUGCACCGGCCCGAAGGGCCAGGGCGAAUACUCCGGGUCCUGGUCCAAUGGGUUCGAGGUAGUCGGGGUGUACACCUGGCCCAGUGGGAAUACAUUCAAGGGCUACUGGGCUCACGGAAAGCGACACGGACUCGGCGUGGAGUCCAAGGGGAGGUGGCUGUAUCGUGGAGAGUGGAGUCACGGAUUUAAGGGUCGGUAUGGGGUUCGCCAGAGUCUCAAUACACCUGCCAGGUAUGAAGGCACAUGGAGUAACGGACUGCAAGACGGAUACGGGGUCGAGACGUACGGGGAUGGGGGUACGUACCAGGGCCAGUGGAUGGGCGGCAUGCGGCAUGGUUAUGGCGUACGUCAGAGCGUGCCUUACGGCAUGGCCACUGUCAUCCGCUCCCCGCUCCGCACCUCACUGGCCUCCCUGCGCAGUGAGCAGAGUAAUGGCUCCGUACUGCAUGACCACAUGUCAGACAGCCCUGCUGGCACCCGUGGCGGUUUUGUCCUGAACUUCCACAGUGACAGCGAGGUGGGCCCCGGCAAAAAAAAGGGCCUCUUCCGACGGGGCUCACUGUUUGGCAGCCUCAAACAGCUGAGGAAGUCAGACUCCCGCUCCUCCAUAUCCAGCAAGCGCAGUUCAGCACGAAGCGAUGCCACCAUGAGCCGCAUCAGCUCCAGUGAUGCAAACUCCACUAUUAGUUUUGGUGACGGAGAGGUGGCUGACGAGUACAUGCCAGCAGAGGACAACGUCGAUGCCACCACCACAGAGACGUACAUGGGCGAAUGGAAGAAUGAUAAGCGGAAUGGGUUUGGUGUCAGUGAGCGAUCAAAUGGAAUGAAAUACGAAGGGGAGUGGUUGAACAACAAACGCCAUGGCUAUGGGUGCACAAUGUUCCCUGAUGGGACAAAAGAAGAGGGGAAGUACAAAAAUAACAUUUUGGUGCGUGGCAUCAAGAAGCAGCUCAUUCCCCUAAAGAACACAAAGACGAGGCAGAAAGUGGACCGUGCCGUGGAAGGAGCCAUACGAGCAUCUGCCAUUGCUCGAACAAAAGUUGAAAUUGCCACUUCAAGAACUGCACAUGCCAGGGCCAAGGCAGAGGCAGCUGACCAGGCUGCCCUUUCUGCCAGCCAGGACUCUGAUAUCGCCAGAGCAGUGGCCAGGGAUCUGUCCCCCAGCUUCCAUCAACCAGGCCCAGACUAUAUCAAGCAACGGUUUUCCAGUGAACCCAUUGAGAUUAAAGAAAUCCCAGAGGAAAAGAAAGAGAAAUCACCAUCAGGAAGUCCGCACUUUUAUCGCAAAGGCACCACCCCAAACCAGUCCCCUUCCCAAAGCCCGGGUCCCACGCCACCCCCCUCACCACCUCUCAGCAAGAAAAAGCCCUUCUUUAACAGAAGUGCCCAAAAAGCCAUCAAAGAAGACAAGCCUCCUGCUGCCGAAAGCCUGGCAGUGGGUGUCACCAAAGCUACUUCCAGAAUAUCAGUCAAACAAGAAGUAGUACCCGUACUCAAACCCUCCAAGCUGCCAAUGCCGGUCGCCAAUGCCUCCAGCCCAGGGAACGGUGAGCUGCACUCCCAGUAUCAUGGAUACUUUGUGAAGGCAGAUGUAAUGAUGCCGCCUGAUGAUCCAGAGGAGGAAGAGCAUCAACUUAUAACUCCAUCUGCUCUUGCCAGGAUCCCUCCUCCUGCAAAGCAGUACCGCCCACCGACACCCAAACCAGUAAUGGCCAAAGAGAGUAAACCCGAGCCGAAACUGAAGAAACAGGAAUCAUUGAAGCCAAAGAGCCUAGCAGAAACUAAGAAAGCCAGCAUGGAAAUCACUACUGACAUUGUUGAGGAGGAAUCAGGUCCCAACUCAAUAUUGGUCAUAUUAGUGAUGCUGAUAAAUAUUGGACUUGCAAUUAUUUUUGUCCAUUUUCUCACUUGACCAGAACAUUAAACUCAGUGAGCUCAUGAAAACUAGCGGCAUAGGCCCCUAAUUCUCUGCUGUUGCGUCAAUGGCCUUUAAAACAAAAUGGCGCCAGUCAGACUCAGACACAGGCAAAGGACUGGACGACUGGAAAUAGAGCAAUUCAUGGGAGAAAGAUGAAACCUGGACCAUUCGGCUUGUGCCAACCCAGUUCCUCUGGCGAUGAUGACUCGCUUGGGCUCUGAAAGCUGAAGCAAGCAGUCGUUGGGAAUGAAAAAGAAUCUGCUGAUCCAAGCCAUACCCAGUCAAGUGCAUGUACACUCCGCUGCUAUGGGGAGGGGUGGAAUGGGGGGACUUAACUGGAUAUGUUCGGAGAUGCAAUUUUAGUUGACGGAAGCGAACAGCUGCCUUACUAUUUUACCAAAUGACGUUUUAAAGGGGAGAUGUGCAGUGGGUUGCCAGUGUGUUUGGGCUGCAGGAGUGUGUACCAGUGUACGCUUUCCGUUUGGUGGAAAACACCAUGCACAUUUUGAAAGGGUCACUUGCCAGUCUUAUUCCAUUACCCAUCUCUACAGCCUUGUCUAACAUCUGCUGUUCUUGUUUUAGGAGAUUGGUCCAUGACAUGCCUGUGCAUGGUUCUGGUUAAAGACUUUGCCUUGAGGGUUUUAUUUCUUUGUAUUGUUUCUGUUGUUGUGUUCUUUUUCUGUACUUUUAUCUGUAGCUAAGGAUGACAAAAAUAUCUAACCUAAAAUAACAGCAUGUUACAGGCAAUCAUUUUGUCAAAACAAUGUCCUGUAGAAAGAAUAUUCAAAUAUAAUUCACUUUAUGCACAAAGACAAAUUAUAUCAAAGAUUGUCUCUUUAGUAAACAAUUAGAGUGCAGUGCAUGGUUUGUUUUAAAAAGUUAUUUAUUCUGAUUAGUAUUGUAGAAUUGAUACUUGACAUUGUAAAAUCACUGUAGGGUAUAAUGCAUGGCUUUGAUUUUUUGAGAAAUUAGUAAAAUUGUCACAUUGGAUUUUGCACCUUUAAUAUCCAUGGCCUGAGACUGUGCUCAAUAACCCCACACACCCUCCCACUAUCCCUCAACUUGACACGUGCAGAGCAGUACGCCAAUAUACUUGCCUCAAUAUUAUGCCUGAUAAAUUGUGUUGAAUACAUUCAGGUCGACCCACUGGUUCUAAAUGCGAAUGUAGAGAUGGAUACCUUUAAGAAUUGUAUUAGUUUUAUAGUUUACCUCAGAAAAACUGUGAUUUUUUUAAAUGCUGUCUUAACUUGUCUUAACUGCUGUUAUUCUCGAUUAUUUUGGUCUGGUGGUGCAUGAGGAUGUGAAUAUAAAUGAUUGUGCACAUGGUGCUCUUGCACCAGUAUUGAAAUGAAAAAUUUACACUUAUAAAAAUAACUAUAUUAUAUACAAAGUCAGAAUAUAUUUAGUCAACAGUUGGACACGAAAUGGCCUUGACUAAAAUGAGUUUGCAGCACCGCAUGUUUUGCUGAUUGAUUUGAAUAUCCUGUGUGCAUGGUGUAUUUUGCGGCUCUGGUCGCCUAUUACAGCUCGUUUAUGAGAAGAGGUUGGGCUGUAUGUGUCGUGUGAAGCAUGAAUUUCAGCAGUAACAGGGUGACUGUUUUUACAGAGGUUUUGUCAGACUGCGAGAGUAUGUGAGAGGGGAGGAGGGAAGAGAAGAGCAUCAGAAUGGAUGAUCACUUGUCAUUUGACAAGCAAGAUUCAUCUUCAAAUGUAGAACAGACUCUAUUUUUAAAGAAAGAAUAUUUCAAUGAAGAAUUUAUUUUUUGUGGCAGGGGGAAACACCUUUGAUGUACACACAUUGGAAAUGUACAUGACUAGUCUAUUUUUCUUUAUGGUCUGUUUUCUAUUUCUGUUUUUAUUCCAGCCCAUCUUUAUACAUAUUAGUUGUAAGUGUAAUUACAGUAUAAGAUCCCAAAAUUGGUAUUACUUUCACCUAUAAAGAUGUUUUUUUGUUUUUUGCUUUUUUUGUGCAUCUAUGCCAAGCACAGUACAUUGUUUUGUUUUUUCUAAAAAAAAAAAGUCAGCUUCAUGUAUUUAAGAUGUUUUAAUGGAAAAAUAUUUGACUUCAAUAAUGCAUUUGAUAGUUAAAUGGUUUUAAAUCUGUCAAUAUCUCCACAUUUUCAAACUGAUUGAAUGUAUUGUUUUCAUGUUGAUGAAAGUUUUGAUAUGAACUGU